ACCAAAGGAUGAUAUUUAAUUAUUUUGUUAUGUGACGUUGAUCAAGUGUGUGCGUUAUUUAAUUACUCGUAUUUGGUGUUCUUGAGACUGACUGCUGCUGAGUUAAUCAUUUUAUAGUAAGUGUGGUGUAUGAGAUACACGUUGUUUUACAGCUCGACUUAUAUUGGCGAUUUAAUGUGCUUUUAUCGCAAGUGUGUCAUUUAAUAUUGACAUCUUUAACCCAGAUCCUGAACCAAGACACGAUGAGCGACGCCAGCGGAGCGCAGACGCCGGAACAGCCGCGGGGCUGGGCCAACUUGAAGCAGCAUGUCAUGGAACACAAAGUGGAAGUGGCUUUGUGGGCAACUAGAGUAUUCACAAUCAUCUACACCUUCGGUUACUUCAUCCCUAUUUUCGGGAACCCCUACAGCGUCUACUACAAGGCGCUGAUGUCCAACGCGGCGACGAGUGCGCUGCGGUUGCACCAGCGCCUCCCGCACGUGACGCUGACGCGGGAGUUCCUGGCCCAGCUGCUGCUGGAGGACAGCUGUCACUACCUCUUCUUCUCGCUCAUCUUCCUGUACGUCAGCCCCGUCACCCUUGUUCUGCUGCCGGUGUUCCUGUUCGCGGUCCUGCACUCUGCCAGCUACUCGCUCACUCUACUGGACACCUUGGGGCAGAACGCGUGGUGGGGGGCCCGCCUGCUGAUCUCAUUGGUCGAGUUCCAGUCCCGCAACAUCCUGCGCCUCGUGGCUUUCACGGAGAUAUUCCUCAUGCCGUUCACCGUCGUCCUCAUCUUCCUGGGCCGAGCGGGCUUGCUGACGCCGUUCAUCUACUACCACUUCCUGACGCUGCGGUACUCGUCGCGCCGCAACCCCUACACGCGCAACAUGUUCUACGAGCUGCGCCUGCUGGUGGAGGGGGUGGCCGGCAAGCCCGGCAUGCCAGCGCCCGUGCGCAGCGUGCUGGCGGGCGCCGUGCGCCUGGCGUGCCGCCUCGCGCCCCCCCAGCCCCCCCAGCCCCAGUGAGGGCCCCCGCGCCCUCCCCCUUCAGUAUUGCAUUUCACUCACCACCUGCUGUCAGUUCUGUAUCCUGUAGCAUCUUGCGUUCUGCGACGCUGCGAAGAAGUAACUUUUUUUUUAUAUUGCCACACUGCUCAGAUUGAAUUUUGUGCUCUCUGGGGCAGGAUACCUGUGUCAGCACUGAGAACAUGUACCCACCCUAUUUACCUGAAUGAGCCUCCCACCCUGAUGCACAGACCGUAACUUGAACUUGUAGCCGUGUUUCAAAUUAAAAAAAAAAAUUAUCAUGUACUUAGAGGCAAUUUAUGAUUUUGAAUAAUUAAGUCCGUAUUAAAUAUUUUUUUAUACAUAAAUUUGAGAUAUGGCUACAAGUUCUAUUUUUUUUUUUUUUGAAAGUUAAGUGAGACACUUAUUUUAAACAAUAAAUAUUUUAGGUUAUGAACAAAAUCAACACUUGUGUUACAGAGAUUAUGAACCAAUUUAAUUGGGAAAUUGCUGAAGGAGUAAAAACAACAAAUUCUCACCUUUAAAAUAAAUUUUUUUAUUUAUGUACCAUCAACAUACAUAAAAAAGGUACGGUUCCCACAGCACAAGUUUUCCUUUCCUGGGCAUUUUAAAUCACUUCAGAUUUUUUCCAGCAGCUGAAGAAGAUCUGUUAUUGCUACGUCUUUGUCACAGAAACAAACCACUCAAAAUUCGUGUGCAUCAUGUCGAUCGUAUAUCAGGCAACAGCAAGUUAACCAGCAUUGAAGCCUGACGGAACGAGUGCCAUGUGGCACGGUCGUAUUUGGAAUCGGCCGUGCACUGUGCUUUUUCAACACGCGUUUCAUGAAAACUUGUGUGCUGUUUACUCCGGUAAGUAGGGUGGUUACCAUGAACAGUGAAAUUGUUUUUCCUGGAAACCUGCUACAACCACAACUAACUUAUAACUACUAAUAAAGGCUGUAGGUACCCAAUGCUUCAGAACAGUAAUUACAGUUUUUGUAGUUAAAUUUGUUUCAAUCCGUGAAUUAAAUUUCAAAGCAAGCUGAAAAAAAAUUAUUGUGUUUACUGAGAUGUAUUAUGAUGGCUAGGGAGAUAUGUACGUGUACUUUUUUUUUUAAUGUUGAACUUGUUAAUUUAAAUUAUGUUUACAUACUUUUUAUGUAUGCUGACAUUGGUUAAGGUAUUUGUAAAGUUUCUUAACUUAAAAAGGUGUACGUGUAUUCCACAAAUUUUAAAACUAUUAUGGCAUCACUGUAAUAUUUAAGACGAAAUAUGUUUUCACAAGUUGUAAAUAAAUAAUAAAAACAUUUUCAUGACUUUU